UACAAUGUGACUCGCCACGGCCAUUUCAUAUAUUUGUGGUUGGUAUCACGAUGGGCAUCGGGGAAUAUCCUCCAGAGUUUAAUCCCAAGAUCCAUGGGCCUUAUAACCCAGCACGAUAUUAUGGAAAACCGGAUGCUUCCCUAGGAGAGGUGAAGGUGGGUGAAUUAGGGUCCUGGCUUGCUCGUAGGAACUGGACCCCAGCAGGAAUGGCCGGCGGUAUAAGUCGAGCUUACUGGAGAUGGGCACAGAAAUGGUUGCUAGUGAAGAGAGGAAGUAUGGCUCCGAUUGCCCAGUCCAUUGUGGGCUUAUCUGUAUUUUACUACUUCCUGCAGUAUAAAGCACACACUAACCACCGUCACUUCAAGUACCAUUGAGGCUGGGGUAUUCUAGACCUGGGGCGUUAGACAUCUACGGCUUGCUCUUUACUCGGAUGAACAGUGACAUAGGAUACACAGAUUCCAAUUAUAAUUUGCUUUUUUGUGUGAAACAGUUUUCCUAUUAAAAUAUGUAUAUCACCAGUUAUUAAAAGCCCAAUGGUAUAGUUAAA